AACAGUUAAAACCCACGUUCGUGAUCAGAAAUAUCAUAACUUCAAAGCGGAAUGUUUCCUCAGGUUCUUUUGACUCUGGGUUUGUGGGGGUCAGCGUUUUCUGACACAACCGUCACAAUCUACAACGAGUGGCUUUCCCAGGGUGGACGUGUCAAUUAUGAAGUUGAACGAUGGAACAACGUUAAUGCACUCACCCAAAUGAACCUGAUUCCAAAGAUGAAAUCUAUCGGAGCGGUUUCUGGGCGUUGAGUAAACAGAGACCUGAGAAAAGGUCUCUUUGCAAAUUGGACCGAAAACCCUCAUCACCAUGGUUAUCCGGACCCCACCUAUCUCCAGGACCGUUCUCUCAUGCGACAGACCUUUCUAACAUAUGUGCACCAAUUAGAAAACUUUGGGCCUCACACCGCAAACAUGGUCUGGGAAAUGAAAGGUCAGGCCUGGCCCGGCUGGAUCGAUAAGUCUCAUCAUCAUGGCGGAUUCCCAAACAAUGUUGACGCUGCAUCAGAGAUGGUGUCACUGAUGGUUCAGAGUUGCAAAGACUACACAGGAGGACGCCUUCCUUACAUAUUUGAAGUCAUCAAUGAACCUGACUGGUACGAAGAUAUUAUUGAUCCACAAACGAAUAUAAAUUACCACAGGGCUGUCGCCGACAAACUGAAAUCAAGAUUUGGAAUGAAAGUUGCCGGACCGUCGUACACCAGUAUGGCAUUACGACAAACAGAUGAAAACAACUUCAGCUCUUGGAAGAGAACUGCCAACUUUAUGGACAUGUCUCUUGAUCACUUGGACUUUUUCUCUUUCCAUUCCUACAACCGUCUGAAUGAUGCAUCGGGUCACACCUACUCUGGCAUCAACGAAGCUCGUCUGUUUUCUUCUCUUGACAUGGUGGAGAAUUAUUCUCAUAUCAAGAAAGGAAAAAGCGUUCAGUUAGUUAACACUGAAUAUGGAUUAGAUUUACUUAACCUAGGCCUCAGUCCCAGUUUUGAGAAUGCAAUGACAGAUUUUCAGACAAUAUAUCAAGCAAAUGGUUUCAUGUUUUCUUUCCUUAACCUGAGAGAGUUCAUGGACAGAGCUACAAUAUAUCUCCUCGCAAACGAGCAAUACGCAGGUCACACUUCCCUUCGGAAUUCCUUAUUUACUGAUGAUGGUCAUCCCCUUGAGCCAACCAAAUUCUUCCUGUUUUGGAAAAACUUCAUAAAUAUUCAAAAGUUUCUACGGGUCUCUAGUCAACACGAUGGACAGGAGAGAAUAGUUUCACCACUUGCCCUUGCAAACCCCCACACCAAAGAAUUGGUAGUUCUUCUCCACAACUUUGGCACAAAAGAUGAGAAUGUUAAACUGGAUUUCCCCAACAACUGGAUCAACCCUUCUUCAGGUGAACAGACAUGUAUUCUGUUCGAAAAGGGUAAGACAGCUGUUCAUCCCAAUAACCAUUUUGACAGGUCUAAGCUUCAUGGCAGUGUCAGUCUUCCUGCAACAUCAACCUGCUUCUACAAGUUUCAAACGAACUUCAACUUUGCUGGACUACACACAGAUAAUCAAAACACAUAUUAUGGCAAGGGCAUGAUAAUCCCCAUCAACAACGGACAUGCUCAGACAACUAUCGGUGUACCGAGCUCUGGCUACCACGAGGCCCAUCUUAGAGUGGGAAUCAGUCGCGGCAAGUAUACUACUACAAAACCUAAGACAAUUGUGUUCAAUGGUCGCACUUUGUCUUCAAGCUACAUGCUGUUUGAUUCUAUGAAGACAUCAAACAAGAGGACAACAACAUGGAACGUGUGGGAGUUCAUGGUACCAGCAUCGCUGGUGAAAACAACUAACACCGUCAGCAUGACCUUUGAUGGGAAUGGUGGCAGCGUGACAUCGGUUGCACUCGUUGCAGGAAAACUUCAGUGAAUAAAUUCUCCAGAAAAA